AUGGAGCCACGUUUUCGGGUCCCAACUGUAGUCUCGGGACAGAAAGUAUAUUUUUUCACAAAGUCCUGGAAGGCCGUCUGUGAUAAUGAAGAUGAAAUGAUAAAAUUAUCGCGACCUGGAUACCGAAACGUUCGUUUCAGAUUCACAUAUUUCCAAAGAUUUGAUUUGAGUUUUAGAGGAAUGAGCCAAAUCUAACCACGUUGGGUCCGAUCGCAGCGCCUGUUUUUUUCAAUUAUAAUGUUCCAGAAAAGUGUGCCGACAAGUUAGGUAUAGCAUUUAAGAGUUCUUGAUACGGGAUGGGCCAUUUUUCAGCGAAUUUUGCUCUUUCGGCAGGCCAACGAUCAGAUUUGGCGACUGUUGGUCCAUUGACAGACGCUCUCAUAUGUCUUUCUUUUUUCAUGCCUGAUUCAAGCUAUGUAUGUUUUGAUUUGUCGUUUCUGAUCGUUAGAAAGAAAAAAAAGGAAAGCGAAAAUUAAAAACUUUAUUGAUCUAUUUUUUUCAUAAGGAGUUUAUAGAGAAUUUACCCAAGAUAAAUUUUUAUCUUUUUAAUAUUAUUUCUUCUCUUCAUUAAAAAAAUUAUACGUCAUUUUUGCCCCCUAAAAAAAGUAUAUUUAAAAAAAUUUAUAAUAAAUAAAGUAAAAAUAUUUUGCAAUUUCUGCAACCUUGACAUGUUCUGUUUCGUUCCAGCUUUCAAAUAACGACGAUGGAUUUAAAUAAAACGAGAAUCAUUUUAAAAUAGUAUCAUGUGGAUUCUGAGGCCGUGUUUAAAGUAAUUUCCGCGAAAUGCAAAACUAUCUCUGACUCUCCGAAACUUAGUUAUCUUUAUCACUCUCUGAUAGAUUUUUGAAUUUUGUGGUAUCACUUGAAUUGAACACGGUAUAGAAAACUGUUUUAUUGUUCUCAAUAGUUUUUUUUUCCUUCGUCCAACACGAAUUUUUUGUACAAAUAAAAAUUACAGCGAGAUCGAGCCAAGCAUUUAUGUGGAGUUUUUUUCGGCGGGAAGCACGAUGUAUAUGAGCUUUUGGAAAGAGACGAUGACUAUAGAAGUGAAUAAUUUGAAAUAUAAAUUAUAAAUAUUUCAAAUUACAGGUAUCAUAUCGAUUCUCAGCAAUCACUGCCUGGCUGACGAAUCGCUUCCGCAAGAAAAUUUGGAGCAGUUGCAGCUGAAAUAUUUCAUUCUGGACCUCGCGACGUCGCGGGAUGAUUACGGGAAAUGGAAGGCUUUGAUGCGUUUUGCAGAACGCGGAUAUUACUGGUUCGCAUUUUUCGAUAGUUCGAGCUUCAUGAAUGACAAAAGUGUUUCUCUCAAUAUUUCAAACAAGCGCAACCGAUUUUCCAUUCACUUAUGCUCGCCAUAGUAUUGCCAAAUUCGAAAAGAGCUUCUCAUAAUCUAUUUUCGGUACUUUUGGCUUCUCUUUGGAAAGCCGAAAUCGUAAAAAAAAAAAUGGGUUUUCUAUUCUAGAGGAAAAUAAUGGUCUUCAAUCAUUUUCGCAACAUCGUGAUGGUAUCUUGGAAUUCUUGAAAUUGAAAUCCGUAUAAACAGGAUCUUUCCAUUGGUUUUGUUUCCUGAAAAUUCUAUUGGUUUGUUUCCUAAAAAUGCCUUGUUCGAAGUAAUUUGCGCGAAAUGCAAAAUGGACUCUCCGUAAUUCAGUUAUCUUUUUCUUUCUCUGAUGUCUAUUUUGAAUUUCACAAAAUAACUUCGAACACGGCAUAGAAUUUUCGUAUUUUACAAGAUCCAAAAGAAACAACAUUUCCCUCAUAAAAAAUGUUUCAGGGACACCCUCGUCCUGAUCACUCUCGGAGAACGUUUCCACAAUGUCAACGUCGAAUUGCGAAAAAGAUUGAUCAACAAGUUAUCGCCGUCAGUCAAGAAGCUCUACAUAUACCAGUACGUAGUUCCAGAAUUGUGCACUUGGGCUGGUGUAGCAACGUUUAUUGCUCUUGA